UUAGCCCAUGUGGAAGGAAUGUUUGUUGAUUCAACUGUAAAGCUUACAGAGAAGAUGAAACUGGAUUGUGUAUACCCAAAGAAAGCCACAAUAAUCCAGACAUCCUGGAUGAAAAGUAAUCUAACUUGUAAAGAAAAUAUAGCUGCCUUGCAUCCAGUCUAUGGCAUACAUAUUAGUGACAAAUACAAAGGGAGAAUUUAUUUUCAAAAUUAUUCCACUGAAGACAGCUCCUUAUACUUCGUCAAGAGCACUUUGGAAGAUGUUGGUCUUUACUUUUGCUCCAUUCAAACUUUUCCAGAUGGAACCUGGGAAAAGGUGAUAAAAAUUGUUCAUCCUGCAGAUGAUUUUGAAGUACCUGAGAAACAAAACAAUCAUGUGUUUACUGAGCCAGGAGGAAACGUCACUUUUACUUGCCCUUAUAAUAUUGGAAGUCCAGUGCAGCAAGUGAUGUGGGAAAGAAUUAAAAUAAAUCAGAUGGAUUUCAUGGUCCUUUGCAACUCAUUAGGGCAGAAGAGCUUUGGUUCAGACUUUGAAGGGCGUACACUGGUGGACUGCACUUCCAAGACAAGCUCCAUGAUGGUCCUUCAAAAUGUUACAGCUUCUGAUUUUGCAAUGUACCGCUGUGUAGUUACUGGAAGAAACAAAAUCUUUGCAAUGAGUUUUACAGUGACUGCAACCUUGGAUCAUCAAUGGUUUACUAUCUACAUAGCAGGAGGAAUUUCUGCUGCUUUUUUACUGCUAGUUUUCCUACUGAUCUUCUGCAUCAUCACUGCUUAUCGCAAGAAGAGGAAGAGGAUCACGCCGGCCUUAGCGAAAGCUUUGCACUCUUCUUGGAAUGGGCCUUAUAACAGUUAUGGAAGAUCUAAUUUUCACGGUAUAGAGAACACUGAAAGAAGAAGAGAAGAGGCAUCGCUCCACGAGACAGAGAUUUACGUCAACUGCAGAAGUUCCUCACACAAACCUAAGACAAGACUAUGA